GUAGUUGAAAGACAGGAGGCAGCGGAGAUAGUUAGCUGCUCCGUUGGCUUCCCCCAAUCUUUCCAGUUAGGGUUUUGCUGCGUCCUCACUCAGUUCUCUCACAAAACCAUGGCCUCUCUCUCCAUAGCUGCGCCCAAUUUCACCACCUCUUUCAUCGGCAAAAAAAUUACUUUUCGUGAAAAUACCAAGCGGCAAAACUGUUGCUUCUUUCGGCGAAGCCCUAGAUGUGCAGCUCUAUCCUACGGAGGUAAUGCUCCGAAGUUUCCCCGGGUCAGUGUUUGGGAUCCCUAUAAGCGUCUUGGUGUGAACCAAGAUGCUUCUGAGGAGGAGAUAUGGGGAUCGCGCAACUUUCUCUUGCAACAGUAUGCUGGACAUGAGAGAAGUGAAGAGUCAAUUGAAGCUGCUUUUGAGAAAAUAUUGAUGACAAGCUUCCAGCAGAGGAAGAAAACAAAAAUCAACUUGAAGAGCAGGUUAAAGAAGAAAGUAGAAGAGUCUCCACCUUGGGUUAAGAAUUUGCUUAAUUUCGUGGAACUUCCAGCGACUGAAGUUAUUUUUAGAAGAUUGUUCCUCUUUGCAUUCAUGGGUGGCUGGAGUAUUAUGAACUCAGCGGAAGGUGGACCUGCUUUUCAGGUGGCAGUGUCCUUGGCAGCUUGCAUAUAUUUCCUCAACGAGAAGACAAAGAGCUUGGCUAGAGCUUCCAUUUAUGGACUUGGAGCACUUGUUACUGGUUGGGUGUGUGGUUCGAUUUUGGUCCCAAAUAUUCCGUCAAUGCUAUUAAACCCGACGUGGACUCUCGAACUUCUAACAUCACUAGUAGUUUAUGUGUUCCUGUUCCUUGCUUGCACUUUUCUCAAGUAAAACUAUUUUGUCAGAACUCAUCAUUAGAAUUUAUGUUAUUUGGAAGUUUGCAAAGUGAGCCAAGCUCCAUAUUCUACUUGCAUUGAGGUUUAUAUUUUGGGUUUUCGAAAACUUGGGAGUUUGACAUCCCAAUUGUGUAUCUUUGUAACAAUCGUCUUCAUCAAAUAGCUCGCACGUUAGAAUCAUUCUUUUUGA